AUGAAUCUGAAAAAAUCAUUAUCUAAGAGAAGUAUCCCUCUUAGUGACUUUGAAAUCUGGCUUGCAGCUCUGCUUACAAUUUUUGUGUGUGUUUGUGCUGGAUUAAUUACACUUUCUUGGAUACUAAUCAAGGAGUCACAACAAGCUGAAGUAUAUGGAAACAGUCAUGCACCCACAGGAACAUUUAAAAUACUGUCAGGAGUAUCAUUCAGCCCUGGUUUACAAGACAACUCAUCAGCUGACUUCAAGGCUCUUGCCUUUGAUGUUCAACAAUUGAUAAAUGAAAUCUAUCAAGCAAGUGAGCUGAAGAAUGAAUAUAAGAACUCUGAAGUUUUGCAGUUCAAAAAUGGCAGCAUUAUCGUAAUAUUCAACCUAUACUUUGCACAGUGGGUAUCUAAUGAGAAAGCAAAGAAUGAACUGGUUUUAGGUAUUGAAGCAAAUAAAACUACCCUUUUGCAGACUAUUAACAUUGAUCUGAACAGCAUAGAAAUCACAGGUAACUAUGAAAAUUAUUUAUUUUUUGACCUUUUAAAGUUAACAUUUUCAAGCUUUUCUACAAAGUCAGGAGCAACAGAAACUUACCUAUUUAGAAAAUCAAAACUGAGAUUCUCACUUGACUGCAGGAGCUGGAGUUUUGAGACUCAUGCGAUGAAGUGUUUGCCUCCUGAGGAACCUUGUGCUGAUGCCAUAAACUGCAUAAGUAAAGACUUAUUUUGUGAUGGAGUACCAAACUGCCCAGAUGGUUCAGAUGAAUCUGAAAAACUAUGUGCUACAACUUGUGAUGGAAAAUUUAUGUUGACUGGCUCCUCUGGAUCUUUCCACUCUAUUAAUUAUCCAAAGCCUUAUAAUUCAAACAUCAUUUGUCAGUGGAUUAUACGUACAAAUCAAGGAUUAUCCAUUAAACUAAACUUCACUUCCUUUGAUACCCAACAAUAUGCGGACAUUUUAAAUAUUUAUGAAGGUACAGGACCAAGCAAGAUUUUGAGAGCUUCGCUCUGGGGGACAAAUCCUGGAACAGUUUACAUUUUUUCUGAUGAGGCUACAGCAGAGUUUAUUACAGAUUAUUCUGAAAAUUAUAAUGGAUUCAAAGCAACAUAUACCGCAUUUUAUACCAGUGAGCUAAGCAAUAAUGAAAAAAUUAACUGCAACUUUGAAGAUGGCUUUUGUUACUGGAUUCAAGAUUUAGAAGAUGAUAGUGAAUGGGAGAGAAUUAGUGGGCCUACCUUUCCCUUUAUGUCUGGCCCUGAUUAUGAUCAUACGUAUGGCAACUUGUCAGGAUUUUAUAUUUCAACACCCAUAGGACUUUCAGCAAGACAGCAGAGAGUUCGGCUUUUUAGCUUGCCUUUAGUUCCGGCUUCAGAUCAAUUUUGUCUAAGUUUUUGGUAUCAUAUGUAUGGUACUAACGUUUACCGUUUAAGUAUUAACAUCGUGAAUAGCAAUAACAUGGAAAAAACAGUUUUCCAGAAAGAAGGAAAUUAUGGAAACAACUGGAAUUAUGGACAAGUAACAUUAAAUGAAACAUCUGACUUUAAGGUUAUUUUUGAUGCAUUUCAAAAACCAGGUCUAAGUGAUAUUGCCCUGGAUGACAUUGGACUGAUAAGUGGACAGUGUAAGGAAAGUAUUUAUCCAGAACCAACUUUGGUUCCAACAAGCACUACUCCACCUUCACUUCCCACUGACUGCGGUGGACCAUUUGAACUGUGGGAACCAAAUACUACAUUCAGCUCUGAAAAUUUCCCGAACAAUUACCCCCACCAAGCCUCCUGUGUGUGGUAUUUAAAUGCUGGAAAAGGGGAAAACAUUCAGCUUCAUUUUCUAUAUUUUGAGCUGGAAAAUAUCUAUGAUGUAGUUGAAAUCAGAGAUGGAAGAGGAGCAGAUUCCUUGUUUUUAGCUGUCUAUACAGGACGAAACCCUGUUCCAGAUGUCUUCUCUACCACUAACCAGAUGACAGUGCUCUUCAUUACUGACGAAUCUGGAACUCAGAAAGGAUUUCUUGCAAAUUUCACUACUGGUUAUAACCUUGGCAUGCCUGAACCCUGUGGACCCAAUGCUUAUCAGUGUGGAAGUGGGGAAUGUAUACCCCUUGCUAACCUUUGUGACAAACAAUGGCAGUGUAAAGAUGGCUCUGAUGAAGCAGAGUGUGUGCAUCUGUUUAAUGGUUCUCUAAGCAUCAAUGGAUUGGUACAGUUCAGGAUUGAGAAUAAUUGGUAUAUAGCAUGUGCAGAUUACUGGAGUGAACAGAUUUCAAAUGAAGUUUGUCAACUGCUAGGACUAGGAAAUAUGAAUACAUCAUCAGCGAUGUUAUCCACUGGAAAUGGGCCAUUUGUAAAAAUCACCAAAGCAGCUAACCAAAGCCUAAUACUUACACCAAGCAAACAGUGUCUCGGUAAUCUGGUGAUUCAUCUGCAAUGCAACAAUAAACCUUGUGGAAAACGACUAAUAACUUAUGAGAUCGGUGCAAGGAUUGUAGGUGGAAGUGAUGCCAAAGAAGGAGCUUGGCCUUGGGUAGUCUCGCUAUUUUUUAAUGAAAGACCUACAUGUGGAGCUUCCCUCAUCAGUGAUGAAUGGCUGGUCUCAGCAGCGCACUGUGUAUAUGGGAGGAAUUUAAUACCAUCUCAGUGGAAAGCAGUGCUGGGCUUGCAUACCACUUUGAAUCUGACAUAUCCUCAAACAGUAAUUGAAAAGAUCGAUCAAAUUGUCAUAAAUCCUCAUUAUAACAAGCGCACAAAAGAUAGUGACAUUGCUAUGAUGCAUCUUCAGUUCAAAGUGAAUUAUACAGAUUACAUACAGCCUAUUUGCUUACCAGAAGCAAGUCAACAGUUUUUGCCAGGAAUGAAUUGCUCUAUUGCUGGCUGGGGAAGAACUACAAAUCAAGGUUCCACUGCAAACAUAUUGCAAGAAGCAGGAGUCCCUCUUAUAACAAAUGAGAAAUGCCAACAAAUGCUGCCAGAAUAUAAUAUUACAGAGAAUAUGAUGUGUGCAGGCUAUGAUGAAGGAGGAGUCGACUCCUGUCAGGGAGAUUCUGGAGGGUCCCUGAUGAGUCAAGAUAAUAAUAGGUGGCUUUUGGCAGGUGUGACAUCCUUUGGCUAUCAAUGUGCAUUGCCCCAGCGUCCUGGAGUGUAUGUUCGAGUCACCCAAUUUGUGGACUGGAUAAAACAAUUCAUACGUUAG